UGGAGGCGAACUUCAAGAACCACGUCACCUCUCGCUCAACGACAACCAGAAAUGUCGGCAUCGUUGGCUCCCGAGUGCAAUGAAGUCAAGGAGAAAUACGAUACAUGCUUCUUGAAAUGGUACUCUGAAAAAUAUCUUCGCGGACACUCAUCCACCGACGAAUGCGAACCACUCUUCAAGCAAUACAAAUCUUGCUUAACCAAAGUCCUCAAGGACAAGGGUAUCGACACGAUGCUGGCCAACGCUAAAGAGGACACAAUCUCAGAGACCGACGCCGAGCACCUGAAACGAUGAGUCCGAGCAGCCUUGUGCAUGAUCAUCGACAUCAUCCAACUAAGUUGUAUCAGCAACACCACCAGCGUCACCUGGCUACGACGAGAUCGCUUCUCAGCACCCAUUUCUCUCCACUUCGGACUUCUUUUCCCUCGUGGAACAGACAAUCAUCGCCAUGCUUGUGAAGGAGUGCCAUACCGGUCUCGAGAGGGACCACUAUUGGGUUAGGUGGUCUCCCACCCUUCUUGAGAGCCUCUGGGUAGAAGGCAGUCUCGCCACCUUCGCAGGUUGUGAGGUAGAUCAGCAGAGUCCACGUCGUUUUGGCCGGUACCUUGCCUUCGCCAAACUGUAAUUUAUUACUCUCAUCAUAGUGUCUAUCAAAGAACUGACCAGGUCGAUACCUGUAGACUCGGAUGUUUGGGUUCAAGCCGAGAACCUUGCCAUCGAAGGUCGUUUCAUCUUCAUUCAUCUCCACUAGAUACUUGAGCC